AAACUGAUUGAUGAUAUGUGUAUUCAUGAUAUUUCAUAUCAUUGUUAAUUUUACUGGAUGCAGUUUCUCCUUUGAAUUUUACUAUUUUAGGUUCAUAGAAAUCUGACUUUAAUACUUUUUUGGGAUGUAUCAGAAGCUGAUGUACCAGCAGGAAAGUGGGCCUUUUGAUUUCAGGCGAAUGGAAGUUUCCCCAUUGUUGCUAGUAAUUGAUAGGAGGGAUGAUCCUGUGACCCCUUUGCUAAACCAGUGGACCUAUCAGGCAAUGGUUCAUGAAUUGAUAGGUAUUCAAGACAACAAGGUGGAUUUGAGAAACAUUGGCAAACUUCCAAAGGAUCAAAAGGAGGUUGUGUUGUCAUCAGAACAAGAUGCCUUUUUCAAAGCUAACAUGUAUGAGAAUUUUGGAGAUAUUGGGAUGAAUAUCAAGUGAUUGGUAGAUGAAUUUCAGCAGAUUUCAAAGAGUAACCAGAGCAUCCAGACAAUAGAAGACAUGGCCAAAUUUGUUGACAAAUACCCUGAGUACAGAAAAAUGCAUGGAAAUGUUUCAAAGCAUGUGACAUUGGUCACAGAAAUGAGCAAGAUAGUUGAAGAGAGAAAACUCAUGUUAGUUUCCGAAACAGAGCAGGAGUUGGCUUGUAAUGGUGGUCAAGUGGCAGCAUUUGAGGUAGUGUAAUCAAUUGUAUCUUUUCUUGUUUUUCUCUAAAUAUUGUUUAUGUUACUUCAUAUAUAUCCAUGAGCCUACUUAGUUAUACGUUUUUCUAGAUAAUUUAUAAUAGAAAUUAUUAUAAGAUACAUAAGUAUGGAUUUUGGUAUAAUUUUUAGACAGCUAUAUGAUCAUGAAUCAAGCGCAAGGAGUAGAUUAUCCUAGUACAGGAGGCUGAAGAAAAGGAUGUUGUCUUGGAUGAUUUUGUUGUAUGCACACAUGCAUGUUGAUACACUCAUCAGUAUGAGACAGAUUAAGAUGGAUUAUGUUAUUUACCCAAUGCUCAAA